GCUCGGCCGCCGCCCGCCAUGAGGGCAGCGCUCGCCCCCGGGGUCCGCCUGCUCCGCGACCUCCCCCGGGACAGCCGGUAUCGGGGACUGACGCUGGUGCUGACCUUCCUCUGCUACACCAGCUACCACCUCUCCCGAAAACCCAUCAGCAUCGUCAAGAGCCAGCUGCACCCCAAUUGCUCAGCCUUGGGGCCGAACCCCCGCAACGACUCCAACAGCAGCACGUGGUGCAGUUGGGCACCCUUUGAUGAGGACAACUACAAGGAACUUUUCGGGGCGCUGGAUAACGCCUUCCUGGUGGCUUACGCCAUCGGGAUGUUCAUCAGCGGUAUUUUUGGGGAGCGCCUCCCCCUGCGCUACUACCUGUCGGGGGGGAUGGUGCUGAGCGGGCUCUUCACCGCGCUCUUCGGCCUCGGCUACUUCUGGGACAUUCACGUCCUCUGGUACUUCAUCGUUGUGCAGGUCUGCAAUGGGCUGGUGCAGACAACCGGCUGGCCCUCCGUUGUGGCGUGCGUCGGGAACUGGUUCGGGAAGGGAAAGAGAGGUUUGAUCAUGGGCAUCUGGAACUCGCACACCUCCGUUGGCAACAUCUUAGGGUCACUCAUCGCCGGCGUCUGGGUUUCCUCUGCCUGGGGCUUGUCCUUCAUCGUGCCCGGCAUCAUCAUCGCUGUCAUGGGCAUCAUCUGCUUCUUCUUCCUCGUGGAGUAUCCCGAGGACGUCGGCUGCAGUCCGCCCCUGCAUCACAUGGCCUCCGACGAGGAGGAUGCUAGAGGAGCGACCACCAGUGAGAAGGAUCCCGAAGCGGUCACCUCCAACGAGGGGCCACUGAGCAUCUCAGGCCAGAGCAGCACGGAUCGCUCCGACAGCCCCAAGGAGCCAGCUGAGGAGCCCGAAGCCAUCAGCUUCCUCGGGGCGCUCCGGAUACCCGGUGUGGUGGAGUUCUCCCUUUGCCUGCUCUUUGCCAAGCUGGUGAGCUACACCUUCCUGUACUGGCUGCCCCUCUACAUUGUGAACGUCGCUCAUUUCGGUGCCAAGGAAGCCGGGGACCUGUCAACCCUCUUUGACGUCGGGGGCAUUCUAGGGGGGAUCUUUGCUGGCCUCAUCUCCGAUUACACCGGCGGCAGGGCCACCACGUGCUGCGUGAUGCUGGUCAUCGCUGCUCCCAUGCUGUUCCUGUAUAACCAUGUUGGCCAGAACGGCAUCGGCACAUCAAUAGCGAUGCUGAUUGUCUGUGGCGCUCUGGUUAACGGGCCCUACGCUCUCAUCACAACAGCAGUUUCGGCAGAUUUGGGAACCCACGAGUCUCUCAAAGGAAAUGCCAAAGCCCUUUCUACUGUCACGGCUAUUAUUGAUGGCACAGGAUCCGUAGGUGCUGCGCUAGGGCCGCUGCUCGCAGGGCUCAUCUCCCCCACGGGCUGGAAUAACGUCUUCUACAUGUUGAUAGCAGCUGAUGUCUUGGCUUGCCUGCUCCUCGCUCGCGUGGUGGUCAAAGAGGUCCGUGGGUGGUGCGGCUACAUGGCGAGGAAGAGAGGGUGAAAGACCAAUAGUCUGGGCCUCGCGCUGCGGUAAGUGCGGCCCAAAUCUCCUUCUCUGGCCACCAGUGGAGGGCUGCCAGGCUCCUCUCGCCUGCAUCGGGGCUGUCUGGGGCGAGGACUGUCCUGGCUGGGUUGGCACUGUCCCUGUUUGCACCAAAAUCCGGCUGUUUUGCGAUGGGGGAAGCAGCUGGGUCAGUUGGUGGAAAUUCUGCAACGCCUGAGAGGGCUUUGGGGAGUGCAUUGUCUCCAGAGCAGCUUGCAGAGAGGAGGCACAAAUGCUGGGGGGGGGCGGUGGUUUUGGGGGGGGAUGUUUCGGCUUUGGGCAGAGACAAGAUGGUGGCUGGAUCUCCUCCUUGCACCUGCUUCUCCUCCAGGCUGGCAGUGCAGGUGGGGCCGGAGUUUCCCGGCAGAGCCGUCUUCUCUUUCCAUCUCUCCGGCAGCACCCAGCGUUUAUCCCAACACCCGUGGGACGGCACCCACCAUGCUCAGCCACUUCCCUUCUCUCCCCGCAGGUUUAAGGAGUUUUGACCUGGCCCCCCCCCCCCCCGCCACGGCCCCGCGAGCCGCCCCGAGCUGAGAGGCCUGGAGGGAGGAGAGAGGCAGGGGCACGCCAGGAGCGUGUUUAUCUCACCAGGAGCGUGUUUAUCUCGUGUUUAUCUCGCCAGGAGCGUGUCUAUCAUCUCGGCAGAGCCGAGGCACGGCCCCGUGGGCUUGUACUGCCACUGUGGGUUUACUUCUGUGGGUUUGCUUCGGAGGGAGGCGGCGGCGAGGAGCGAUCCGAGGCUGACGGGUUUUCUGGGCCAACUCUUCGCCGUUGGCCGUUUUAUUAAUAAAACCAUGGAAAACCUA